UACAACAUGUAGUUUUUGUAGCGUCCCCUCAGGCACCGGGCAGGUAGAGAGGAUCUUGCAGCCCUGCCAGGAGAGCAUGGGAGGAAAAACCUCUUGAUCGCGGAGGUACAUGUGUAGCUAGCUUACUUUUGCUGAAAACAUUUUCUGCUUUAGUCUCUUAAAGGAAGCUCUGGGUAAGGUGACACUAUGGCGCUCCUUUGUUAGAGAGCACGCUUCCCAGGAAGGGUGGAAACAGCAGAGAGCAGCCAGUCUGGACAAGGAGUACAAUGCCUUACCGUCCUGUGUGCAUAAGGGAAGAGCAUCUAUCAGUCAACUCAGUGGAUUGUGUUAACCAGGAGCAUUGCUACACUGGGAUAGACAGAGAGGAAAGACAUACCCCCGGUUUACGACUGUUCUGACCAUUUGUGUGGUGAAGGAGUUGGGAAGAUUGGAGUCUGUUUCAAGUGGCACCGAUGGGAUUUUUACACAUGUAACUCCUAAUGCAUCCAAAUCUGCCUGUGAAGAGAGAGAGAGACAGCUCAGUCUCAGCAUAGUUCCAUCCGGGACUUGGCAAAAGGACUGAUGCUUCAACCGCUCUAAAGGUUUGGAGUGCAAAUAACCAGACCCGUGAGUGUGCUGUGAUAACAGGGGACACUUGAGAGCGUAGGAGUUGCUGUAUCGGAGCCGACCUUUAGAUCUAAGCUGGCUCGCCAAAUGCCACUGACUCAUGCCUCAACUUCACCUCUGAGUUGCCAUGGCCAAGUUAGAGACCCUGUCUGUUCUUAGUGACCGAAGCUACCAGAGCCAGGACACCUUCCACUCGUUUGCCUCCAGGCCCUCUGAAUCUGCCUCCCAAAACACUAUGGGAAGCGUGGGCAGCGGAGUCGCCAAUGAGCAAGAGUUUGCGAUGAAGAGCGUGGGAACCAGGACCCAGAGCAGCAGCAGGCAGGCUGAUGGCUCGCGGAAUGGCUAUUCCACGCGGGAGAUCUCUAACCGUUACUCCGGGGAGGAGAAGACCUACAAGUCAGAGAAGAUCUCCAACUCCCUCUACAUCAAUGGGGACCUGCGCAAGAGUGAGAAGAUGAAGACAGACAUUUGUGGGAACGUUACCACCAACAACGAGAAAAACCUGCCGCCUCCUCCCCAGUACAGAGAACCCAGUAACCCACCAAAGAUAUUGCCGGUCUCUGGCAAAUUGGACCAGAGCAAUGAGCCCUUAGUUAGACCUUCAGCCUUUAAACCAGUAGUUCCUAAAAACUUCCAUUCCAUGCAGAAUCUCUGCCCGCCGCAGAACAAUGGAAUAACAGAGAACAGAAAGAGUUUGAAUCACACCAACAGCAAUAGCCCAUCUGCAGGCAAAAGCGGACUGGAGAAGACCAGCCUUAAUAGGACUACAAACCAAGUGGGAGGUCUUUCCGAUUCUGGCCGUAACUCUUUGACGAGCUUGCCCACUUACGGCACGGGCUACAGUCAGCACGUUGGCCCAAUGAGUGCUUCAACUAGUCACAUAAACCGCAUUGGCACAACCUAUGUAGAUAAGAACAUAGUGGGAUACAAUGGAAUAUCUACCUCAGACAGUGGACGGUCUUCAAGCAAGAGUACUACUUCUUUCAAUAGGCUCAACCAUCUGAACGAAACAAUGCCUUUCCAUUCACCCUCGACAGAUGACGUUAUCCAGGACCUGGAGGACAGGCUGUGGGAGAAGGAGCAGGAGGUCUUGCAGAUGAGAAGAAACCUGGACAAAAGUGAGGCUGCCAUCUUCCAAGUGUUUGAGGAGAAGCAAAAGAUCUGGGAACGUGAAAUGGAGGACCUCAGGCAAAAUUAUGCAAAUAAACUGCAGCAGGUCUCCAAGAAGGCCCAGCGGGCUCAACAGGCCUUGCAGCUCCAGAUCUUCAAGCUCCAGCAAGAGAAAAAAAAGCUCCAGGAUGAUGUGGGGCAACUUCUCCAGCAGCGAGAAGAGCUGGAGAAAAAAUUUGUGGCUUUCAAGAAAGAACAGGCUGAGUUUCUUCCCAAGAUUGAAGAAACCAAGUGGGAGGUGUGCCAGAAAGCUGGUGAGAUCUCACUACUCAAGCAACAACUGAAGGAUUCGCAAGCUGACGUCUCUCAGAAACUGAACGAGAUAGUGGGGCUGCGGACUCAGCUCAAAGAAGGUAAGAACUUCCUGAAAGAGAAGGAAGAGCAGAUCGUCACCCUGAAAGACUCCUACAGCUCCAAGACUGUCAACCUGGAGAUCUGCGAGAAUGAGCUGCAGAGAAAGAUGAAUGAGGUGCAGAUGCUAAGGGAAAAACUCAACCACUGUGAGCUGGAGGUCUCUGGCCUGAAGCAGACGCUGGCCAGCAUGGGGCACCAUGGCCAUUUCAAUGCAGAGCUCACCGAGAAACUAAGGGACCCGUUGGCAUGUGAGAGCGAUGAGGCCAAGAUGAAGCGCCAGAACGAGGACAGUGUCAUUGCCCUGAAGAAGGAGGUUGAGCGGCUCCAGACGGAGCUGAAGCUGGAGCGCCAGCAGCGGGAGCAGCAGGUGAUGGACUUUGAGGAGGAGCGGCGCACGUGGCAGGAGGAGAAGGAGAAGGUGAUCAAAUACCAGAAGCAGCUACAGCUGAACUACGUGGAGAUGUACCAGAAGAACCAGCUCCUGGAGCACAAGGUGAAUGAGAUGACCACCAAGGCUACCAGCCCGCCUUACACCGAGGAGAAAAAACCAUGGACUCCAUCCAGGCUGGAGCGAAUAGAGUCCACUGAGAUCUAACAAGGGACCAAGUCAAUAAAAGUAAUUUUUAUUACUGUGCAUGUACUACCUACUCCAGCCAGUGAUCUUCCUAAGAAUAAUGUGCUAUUUUACCAGAGGUGUGAAUGCACCGAACCCCCCCACCCUUACUCUCUUCCUCAGUGCUCUGUAAGUAAACUAACCGUGGAUGUACAUUGUUAUACUGUUGAUGAUGCUACAUCAGUUUCUCCUAGUACAGCUAGGAAGGGCCCAGUGGCCCUUUAGGAAUCUGCUGUGACUGUUACUUCUCUAUAUGCUGCCAUCCCUUCCACCAUCAUCAAUUCCCCUGCCCUCUGCAUUUGU